AUGGGCUUAUCACCGUAUUUAUUGUCUUUAUCGUUAGCAGCGUCUUUUAAUGGAAACUUUCAACAAGCAUAUUUAUUGUCUGCAUUAAAUCAACCAUAUUUAGAAAUACAACAGUUCAUCAAUGAGUCAAUAAUAGCGCGAUCUGGAAAAUCGAUUGAUCCGCUAUCUUUGGAUUUUCUUUGGUCGUUAGUCAAUGUAAUGAAUCCCAUUUCUGGUAUUGUUGGCCAAAUGAUUGCCUAUCUAAUUUGUGAUCGAAUUGGCCGUCGUUUGACAGCUAUCACUUCAUGUCUCAUUGCUAUUCCUGCAUUAUUACUUUCAAUGUUGACACGGUUAUGUUUCCCGUACUACGAAACGCUGAUAUUCGGUCGUUUUUUGUGGGGUACAGCGAAUGGUAUUGCAAUCGUUGUACAGACUGUUUGGGUUGUUGAAAGUGCAUCAGCGAUACACCGAGGGUUUGUCAAUUCUUGGCAAGAAGUAAUUGCUACAAUCGGUAACUUAUUGACGCAGUUAAUUGGAGUACCCCUAUCAACACCUGAGCUAUGGCCAUUUAUGUUCGCGAUGCCUCUUGUCAUUACCGUUGUCUCCCUAGUAGUAUUCAUCCUAAUGCACGAGUCACCUCAGUAUGCGCUGAUGUUCUCUCAUAACCGCCGAGAGGCCGCACUUGCCAUUCGUGCCUAUCACGGCCUAAAAAGUGAUAUAGAAAUCGAUGAACAAAUAACAAAGUAUGAGGAGGAUGGUCAAAGGAAGGAAGAAGAGGAAAAAGGUAUAAAUAAUGCAAGACAACCGAAUGGUUUAGAAAUUAUGUUCAUGCCAUGGAAGGCGAAUGAUCCACUUUCGAUAAUUGUACGAUUCGGGGCUUGGGUCGGGAUUAUGGUCAAGAUUGCUUAUGUAUUUACGGGAGCACGAGUUCUUCGAUCAUUUAAUACCUUUAUUUAUCAUAAUUUGGGCAAGUGGACAAAAACAUUCUCUCAGUGGGGUUCAUUGGCCAAUACGAUUAUCAGAUUACCCCUAUCAGUGAUACCAAUAUUUAUCAUUGAGCGUGUUGGACGACGACCAAUGUUAAUCAUAUCUCAAUUUGUGACCACAUUAGCUCUCUCCAUGACGAUGGUUUCUAUUGUAAUUGGUAAAGCAGCCAAGCUUGGGACACUAACAGGUGUAUCGAUCAUACUGUUUGCAACCUCAAUUGGUAUUGGUUCCAUAUCACGGUUUUAUUCGGCUGAGUUGGUACCAAAAAGUAUGAUACUUCGAACAGUCACCAUUCUAUCACUGAUUGAAUCAUUUACUAAAAUCGGCUUAGAUUUUGGAUUCUAUCCACUUGCAACAACAACUGGCGGAUAUUCACUUUUAAUUUUUAUUCUUCCAUCUAUUCUAUUCUUUAUUCUUAUACUACUUUACUGUCCCGAAACUAAGAAACGAUCAAUGAAUGAAAUCCUUAAUGAAAUUGCAUGGAAACAUGGUAUUGAUAUAGAAUUUAAAGUAUAA